CCUAGGUAUAUAUGUGCGGGUAUCAGCCGAGGGAGCAAGCAGGACGAACGACUCGGGCCGUUCCUCACUCCAUUUUGGUCUGAUACCGAUGACGCUCUGCAACACUUGCAGCGCCAACAACCGUGCAGAGCCUUGUUUGUGACGUUGGACAUAUACAAAAAUCCCAGCCAAGCUUGCCCGCCCCGACCAAGUCCCUCAUGGAAUUCGUCCUCGAGUUCUUUUCUCUGCUGCUGAAGCAGAUCCAUUGAGAAAUAGGCUUUGCCAAUAAGUUAUUUGGGCUGUUUCUAAACCCAAAAGCUAAACAAGAAAAAGAAAAAAAAAAGGAGAAAAAGCUAGGAAUCUCCGAAAAGUUCCGCAUUUCACUUUUCCCUGGUGACAGCCGUCCUUCUUCCCUACUUACACCAGGCGCUAGAUUGGCGUUUGUUUCUCUUUAUCCUAGCACACAUCGUGCUAUAGGUCCCCUGCCUACCUACAUAACCCACCUCGCCAAGUAAACAACCCCCAUGCCUGCCAACCAACCGAAAACAAUGGGGGAAGAGCAAGAACGGGGUUCCCCCGAGACCGACUCCCAACGCCAUCGCAGCCCGCAGGGGGAGAAGAUGGUUUCGGGCACCGACAGUCCCCCGCGCGAGGGGAGUAUCGAAGCCGGGGACGACACGCACCGGAAGCUCAAGUCGCGCCACAUCCAGCUGAUUGGCAUCGGCGGCACCAUCGGCACGGCCCUGUUCGUGCAGAUCGGCAAGGGCCUCAUCAACGGCGGGCCCGGCAGUCUGUUCCUAGCCUUCACGCUAUGGUGCCUCCCCAUCCUAGCCGUGACGCUCUGUAUGGCCGAGAUGGUGACGUACCUGCCCAUCUCGUCGCCCUUCAUCCGCUUCGCGGGCGACUACGUCGACCAGGCCCUGGGCUUCGCCGCCGGCUGGAACUUUUUCAUCUUCGAGGCCGCGCUCGUGCCGUUCGAGAUCACGGCCUGCAACCUCAUCAUCCGCUACUGGUCCUCGGCGGUCCCAACUGGAGCGAUUAUUGGCAUCAUGAUUGUACUUUAUGCGCUCAUCAACGUUCUCGCGGUCGAAUGGUACGGCGAGACCGAGUUUUGGGCUGCUGUGGGCAAGGUCCUGCUCAUCGUCGCCCUCCUCAUGUUCACCUUCAUCGUCAUGGUCGGCGGCAACCCUCUCGGUGACCGGUUUGGGUUUCGAAACUGGUCUGACCCCGGUGCGUUCGCGGCGCUUUACAAGCCCGGGACUCUGGGGCAGUUCCUCGGGUUUCUCCAGUGUCUCAUCCAAGCGUCUUUUACCAUCGCCGGACCAGACUACGUCGCCAUGGCCGCGGGCGAGGCCGAGAACCCGAGGAAGGUGAUGCCGCGGGCCUUUAAUGCUGUCUUUUACCGCCUGACGACCUUCUUCGUCCUCGGCUCGCUCGCCGUCGGCGUCCUGGUGCCGUACAACGACGGGGAGCUCAACGACGCCUUCCGGCUCGACAAGCCCGGCGCGGCGGCCAGCCCCUACGUGGUGGCCAUGAACCGGCUGCGCAUCGGUGUGCUGCCCGAGUUCGUCAACGCCGCCGUCCUGACGGCCGCCUUCUCGGCCGGCAACAGCUACGUCUACUGCGCGUCCCGGUCGCUGUACGGGCUCGCGCUCGAGGGCAAGGCGCCGCGGCUUCUGGCAAGGUGCACGCGCGGGGGGGUGCCCGUCAACGCGGUCCUGGUCGUGCUCGCCAUCUCGCUCGUCUCGUUCCUGCAGCUGUCAAACGGCGCGUCCGUGGUGCUGAGCUGGUUUGUGAACAUCAUCACGGCGUCGCAGCUUAUCAACUAUGCCGUCGUGUGCUUCACCUAUACGCGCUUCCAUGCCGCCCUGGCCGCCCAGGGGGUCGACAGGCGCGCCCUGCCCUACCGCGGCUGGUUCCAGCCCUACGCGGCCUGGAUCGGCUUCGGCUGCUUCACUACCAUGGCCUUUGUCGGGGGUUACACCGUCUUCCUGCCGGGCAAGUGGCGCGUGGCCGACUUUUUGUUCUCCUACACCAUGAUCGUGGUCACUCCGCUCUUGUUUGUGGGAUGGAAGUUCUUCAAGGGCACCCGGUUCCUCGCGCCCGAGGAGGUUGAUCUGAAAAGACAUGUGCAAGAGAUCGAGACAUACGAGCAGAGCUACAUCCCUCAGAGGUCAAAACGCCUCUACGAUAGGGUCUUGGAUGUCCUUUUUGGGUGAGCACCGUAGGACUGGACCGAGUAUACAGAAGGAUAUUUGCUCGGAUGUAUUGGCGAGGGCGAGUGAGCGAUAGAUCAAAAUAAGGGGUUGGGUGGGUUCUUGGACUGAUGGUGUGUUAAAGUGGCGAGUGCGGACGUAAAUAAUGCAUUCGCCGGAUUGUGAUGCCAAGAAGUGGCCAAAAAUACAUAGCCAUCGGCGUUUUCGUCCGUGUUCGCAUGCUGACCAG